GACCCACGUGCUUCUGUUCGGGUCGGAGAAGAAGUGAAGGAUUCGAUAUUGUGCUGGUUGAGAUCGGAAGUAGUUUUCGGAGCUGCGGAUCUAUUUCCUCUGCAGAACACGAUGCCGGAGAAUCAGCAUAAAUCCGGUCCCCUGAAACAGCAGAACAAAACCCAUAAGACCGGGGCCCAUUCGAGCAAGCGGGCGGUGAACCGGAUAGCUGCAGGUCGGGUCGGUGCGAAAGUUUCAACGGUGAAGUCUGGCCGUAAAUUGAAACGUCAUGAGAGGAAACUGCAGCUUGCCCAAAUUCGGAAACAGAAGCAAGUUCGAGUUGCGGAGCAGAAACGUAACUUGGGAAAGUUCGGAACCGCUCCAUACCUUGUGGCUAUCGUUCCUUUGCACCCCAUCAUCGACUCACACAGAUUCUUGGAUCAGAUGAAGAAUUGCCACCAAGACGUUGAGCUCCAAGAAGAUUCGAAGGGGUACCUGCACAUGGCGGUGACGCACCUGAAGAAGCGUUAUUGCUUUGCUCUCUGUAACCGCGAGGAUAUCUACGGGUCGAUGGACAUCGUGAAAGUAGCGGACGUUGUGGUCUUCCUUUACGAUUAUCAGGACGGUUACGACGAAGAAGGCGAUUUGUUGCUCUCGAUCUUCAUGGGUCAAGGUUUGCCUUCGUCGAUCCAUGUGGUGUCCUGCUCUGCGUCAUUGGACGACAGACCAUUCAAUGCCAAGGACUUCAAGCGAAGUGCAAAGCUCCAGAUAGAAAGCAGGUUUCCGGGCGAGAAGAUCCACUGCCUGCAGAAAGACACCGAUGCUGUUUUGUUGCUGAGCCGGAUAGCGGAGAUCAAGGAGAAGAGACUCAACUUGAGAGGCAAUCGCUGCUGUCUCUUGGGUGAGAGCGUCGAGUUCAUCCCGAACGACGCCAGCAAUUUCGAGGGAACUUUGAAGGUUACUGGUUAUUUGAAAGGAGGGCGACCCCUCGACGCCAACCAUUUAGUGCACAUCCCUGGCUACGGCGACUUCCAGAUCGACCGGAUAGAGAAACCCAUCGAUCCAUAUCAAUCGAAAACCAAACCUCAAGAUAUGGACAUGGGCCCAGAAGUCCUGCAAAAGGCAGACCCUUUGAAGCGGGAGAGCCUUCAAGCAGAAAAUCCCAUCGACGAAAUGGCUGCCGAGCAGACUUUUCCAUCGCCUGAGGAACUGCAGGAGGCAGAGAGGGAGAACAGAACUAUAAAAAAGAAAGUCCCACGUGGGACGUCUGAGUACCAGGCAGCCUGGAUUCUCGAUGACGAGGGGAGCGGUAGCGAGAUCGAUGAUCAAGAAACGGACGAGGACUCUGAAGGAGAUGAGAUGGCUGAGGAGAUUCUGAGCGCGGAGGAAGUUUCUGCGAGCUCCGACGAUGAUGAGGAGGUUGAAUGGCUCGACACUCAGAGCGAUGCAAUGUCCAUAGCCGCAGAUGGCGCUUACGACAAGAAUCUAGACCUGAAGGAGGACAUGGAAAUGCUCGAGAAAUUCCGGGAACAGCGGCUGCAGGUGCAUUUCCCCGACGAAAUGGACACUCCUCAAGACGUGAAUGCCCGAACGCGCUUCCAGCGUUUCCGCGGUCUCAAGAGCUUCCACGCGUCCCCGUGGGAUCCCAAAGAGAACCUCCCAGUAGAUUACUCUCGCAUUUUCCAAUUCAAGAAUUUCAAUCGGAUACGGAAGCGAGUGCUUCGGAUCGACGCCGAGGAAUGUGAUGGCGCUCUGCCGGGCUGGUAUGUGAGCGUUCAUCUCCUAAACGUACCUCAUCGAGUGGCAGCAUCGAAAUCGUCGAUAGUUCUGUUCGGUCUCCUCCCUCACGAGCAGAAGAUGUCCGUUCUCAACGUGGCCAUUGCAAGACAUCGCAGUUUCAACCAACCUGUCCGCAGCAAGGAGAGACUCAUUUUCCAAGUUGGCUUCCGUCGGUUCGCGAGCUGUCCAAUAUUCUCGCAGCAUACGAUGACCAGCAAGCAUAAAUUCGAGCGAUUCCUUCCUCUGGAGGGCGCGUGCGUCGCUUCCAUGUACGCACCGAUAACCUUCCCACCGGCUCCAGUUCUCGUUUUCCAAGAUUCCACCAACAAUGGUCUCAGACUGGUCGCUACGGGAGGCGUUCUGUCUGCUGAUCCCGAUCGAUGCGUCAUCAAGAGAGUGGUCUUGUCUGGACAUCCGUUCAAGAUAAAUAAGCGCCACGCCGUCAUACGUCACAUGUUCUUCAACAGAGAGGACAUCCUGUGGUUUAAGCCGAUUGAGCUGCGCACGAAGUACGGUCUCAGGGGGCACAUCAAAGAACCUUUAGGUACUCACGGCCACAUGAAGUGCGUAUUCAAUCAACAAAUGAAAUCCAUGGACACGGUUCUGAUGAAUCUCUACAAACGAGUCUAUCCCAAAUGGACCUAUGACCCUUGGGUGGCGCCUGCGAAAUUCAUCGAAACCGACCCCGGUCUCCCAGAGGACCCGGACGAUACGGAGAUGGCUUCGUAACGAUGAAGUCGUGAAUUCUUCGUCAACAAAUCGUUCCUCGGAAUGGGAUGUAAUGGAUCGAUUCUGUAUUUUUCUCGAUUCUCCUUAUUCUGAUGGCGUGAUCGUUGAUAAACUGAA